AUGUCCCAAUAUAUUGACAGUAGCGGUGGCAAUGAUGAUGACGGUGACAGUGACGGUGAUUGUGACGGUAACGGUGACAAUGACGAUGAUGAUCAGGAUGAUGGUGACGGUGAUGGUGACAAUGACAAUGAUGGUAACAGUGACUGUGACGGCAACAGUGACGAUGACAGUGAUUUUGACAGUAACAAUGACGAUUACAGUGACAGUGAUAAUGACGAUGAUAGUGACAGUGACAGUGACAGUGACAAUGACAGUGGCGGUGGCAGUGAUAGUAACAGUGAUUGUGACGGUGACGGUGACAGUGCUGGUGACGAUGACAUACGUGGUGAUGAUGAUGGUGUCGAUGACAGCGACAGUGACAAUAACGAUGACGAUGACAAUCACGAUAACGAUGAUAGUUAUAGUGACAGUUACGAUGACAGUGUCGGUCACGAUCAUGGUAACGAUGAUGGUGACAUGACAAUGAUAGUGACGGUGACAAUGAUGGUGAUAGUGACAGUGACAGUGACAGUGACGGACACGACGAUGGUGACAAUAACGAUGAUUGUGAUAGUGAUGAUGACAGUGAAGUAA